CCCUUUUGCUACUUUAUAUUCUUCGCAUUAUAUAUAGUUCUAAAUCUUCGUCUAUCAGACCAAAGUCUUAGAAAUUACUUUGGUCUUUAUUGCCAAUCCUCUCAACUCUCCGCAGCCAUGGAGGAGGGUAAAAGCAGAGAGUAUAAUUCUGUGACUUCAAGCAAAAGUAAAGGAAAAGGUGGAUUUAGAGCUACCUCCUUCAUCUACGGUUUGAUGGGAUUAGAAAACAUGGGGUUUAUUGCAAUCAUGGUGAGUUUUGGGUUGUAUUUCAGUUUUGUGAUGGGUUUUGACCUCACUGGCUCAGCAAAUACUCUCACCAACUUGAUGGGCUCAACCUUCUUGCUCUCCAUUCUUGGUGGCUUCAUUUCUGAUACUUACAUCAACAGAUACCACACUGUCCUAAUUUUUGGACCCUUCGAACUUCUCGCAUUUGCCUUGAUAACAAUUCAAGCUCAUUAUAAGAGCUUACAACCAGUAUGUUUGGAACCAAACUGCAUAUCAGGAGGGAAAGCUAUAUUCUUCUAUGCAUCACUUUGUUGCUUUGCAUUGGGGAGUGGUGGAGUUAAGGGAGCUUUGCCAGCAUUGGGUGCUGACCAAUUUGAUCAGAAGGAUCCAAAGGAAGCUAAGGCUCUUGGAAGAUACUUCAAUUUGGUGUUGCUUAGUUCUGUGAUUGGUGGAGCAUUUGGAGUGACAUUUGUCGUAUAUGUUAGCACUGUUAAAGCUUGGUGGAAAGGUUUUCUUAUAAGUUUGGUUGGUGCCACGCUUGGUUUCAUUGUCUUUGCCUUUGGAAAGCCUUUCUUUCGCCUUCAAGUUCCUGCUGGCAGCCCACUCACUAGAAUUUUCCAGGUUAUCUUUGUGGCAAUCAAUAAUCGAAAGCUGAAAAUACCAGAAAACAGAGACGAGUUGUAUGAGAUUAAUGAGAAAGAAUCAGACUCAUCACAGCCAAAACUUGCCAAUACAAAACAAUUCAGGUUCUUAGACAAAGCUGCAAUCCAUCCUAAAACAGUUGAGCCCACACCAUGGACAGUUUGCACUGUGACCCAAGUUGAAGAAGUGAAAGUCCUAGCAAGAAUGUUACCUAUCAUUGCUAGUACCAUAAUAAUGAACACAUGUAUGGCCCAACUCCAAACAUUCUCCGUUGCACAAGGCUAUCGAAUGAAUCGUCUCAUAAAAAAGUUCGAGGUACCAGCACCCUCAGUACCCGCGAUCCCACUAAUCUUCAUGUGUAUUCUCAUCCCAAUUUAUGACUUUUUCUUCGUCCCCUUUGCACGAAAAAUCACCAAACAUCCCUCGGGGAUCACUCAACUCCAACGCGUUGGUGUCGGGCUAGUCCUCUCGAUCGUGUCCAUGGCUGUGGCUGCCCUAGUUGAGAUCAAAAGGAAACACCAUUCAUUGAAAGAUCCAUUGAAGCCUAUUCAUUUAGCUUGGCUAGGAUUUCAAUAUGCUAUUUUUGGAAUAGCUGACAUGUUUACCUUAGUGGGCUUACUUGAAUUUUUCUACAAGGAAGCACCUGCUGGAAUGAGGUCUUUAUCCACUUCAUUUACAUGGAUUUCAAUCUCUUUGGGCUAUUUCUUGAGUAGUGUACUUGUAGACAUUAUCAAUUCAAUCACUAAAAGAAGAGCACCAAGCAAGAAAGGAUGGUUGGUGGGCUUAGACUUGGACCAGAAUAAUUUGCAUCUCUUCUAUUGGUUCUUGGCAAUUCUUAGUGGGCUCAACUUUCUGAACUACCUUUAUUGGGCCUCUUGGUACAAGUACAAAACAGAUGAGAUUGCGGAGCCCAAGCCCAAUAUAGGUGAUUCCAUCAGCUUGUCCAGAUCAGUCUCUGUGAGUAGGGUGCCAUUGCUGAAGCCCAGUGACAGUGCAUCAAGAAUGUCUAAAAUUGAAGAAUCAUCCAAUGGGCCAACUGAGGAAGCCAAUGAAAAUACAUCAGCAGUGCCUAAAGUAAAUGAACAAAGCUGAAGCAUUGUUGACUGAAUAUGCAUAGGAGAUAUUAAAAAGAAAAAUUAACUAGAAUAAAACAAAUCGUAUAUUCAUCAGUCACACGACAAAAUUGGUUGCUACUCGUAUGGGUUCUUAAUCAUAAUGUGUGUGUUUUUUUUUUUUUUUUUGGGAAUCAUUUUUAAGUCUGAUUUGGUGUAUUUUCAGGCCUCUACAUGAUUUUUUGUAUUAAGUUUUCUGACUAGUGUUUACUGUUUACCUUCGUAAUUUCAUGCCUACACGAUUGAGAAAAUUUACCAUGAUGUACGUUUUAUGUAAUAAAAUUACAAAGCUGAAAGUGUAGAUUAAAGAAUGUUUCAUCUCUUGAUUUUCCAUUCUUGUUUAUUCUACAAAAAAAUAGUUACAGUUGAGACGAAGAUAGCCGGUUAAUAGAGUUAUUAUC